AAGAUUUGACAGGUUGUUAUUAGAGAGAAUCUGGCAACCCGGUUACAGUCAGUCACUUUACCAGGAAGUUUAUUUAGACGAGACCAAAUACGCCACCGAUGGAUGAUACGAAGAAAAGAUGGAUUCCGAAGCUGCAUACCGCUCUGACUUUUACAUUGGUCUGGCACUUGCUGUGAGCUCCACUAUUUUCAUCGGCGGCAGUUUUAUAUUAAAAAAGAAAGGCCUUUUGCGACUAGCAAAAAAUGGCUCUACAAGAGCAGGUCAAGGUGGUUAUGCAUACCUGAAAGAAUGGUUGUGGUGGGCGGGGCUAAUAUCAAUGGGAAUAGGUGAGGCAGCAAAUUUUGCAGCUUAUGCAUUUGCACCUGCCACAUUGGUAACGCCUCUGGGAGCAUUGAGCGUUUUGGUCAGUGCUGUACUCUCAUCAUACUUUCUGAGUGAACGGCUAAACAUCCAUGGAAAAAUUGGCUGCUUGCUGUGCAUCUUCGGCUCCACGGUUAUGGUAUUCCAUGCUCCACAGGAGGAAGAGGUUGCUUCCUUGAGCGCAAUGGCAGAGAAACUCAAAGAUCCAGGAUUUAUUGUUUUUGCCGUCUGCAUUGUUGUGAGCAGCCUGGCUCUGAUCAUUUUCGUCGCUCCUCGUUACGGUCAGAAGAACGUGCUAGUGUACAUCCUCAUCUGCUCUGUGAUUGGCUCACUAUCCGUGUCCUGUGUUAAAGGCUUAGGCAUCGGCAUUAAAGAGCUGUUUGCAGGAACUGCAGUUCUGAAGGAGCCAUUGUUUUGGGCUCUGCUUGUAUGCCUUGUAAUCUGCGUCAGUAUUCAGAUAAGCUACCUCAACAAGGCCCUCGACAUAUUUAACACCUCUUUAGUUACCCCUAUUUAUUACGUCUUCUUCACCAUAUCUGUCAUGGCCUGUUCGGCCAUUUUGUUUAAGGAGUGGCUUCGCAUGUCCACUGAUGGGGCCAUCGGAACUGUUAGUGGCUUUCUAACCAUAAUCAUUGGCAUUUUUCUUCUUCAUGGUUUUAAGGACAUCAAUUUUAGCUUGGACUCUCUCCCUCUAUGUCUGCACCAUGGACCUCAAGAUAGAAUAUGCAACCAACCUUAUGUCGCUCUGCCAUCUGAUGAGAGAAUCACUGGAGAUGAAAGCAAUCAGACUAAGGAAAGAAGCAUAAAGGGUGGUUUUCCUGAGAGUUAUGACAAGAGGAGCAAUGGGUCGGUUGUUACAAAAGAAAAUUUCACUAAAACUGCUUAGUGAAGACUACUAAACUAUAUUUUUCUACUGUACAUGCUACUACAAAAACAUUUAGCAAGCCAUUAAUACUGUGAGAUUCAUCUUUCUUUAACAAGUUGUGUUUAAGUACUGCUUAUAUUUUAAGUCUUAAAGGGGCCAUGGCAUGAAAAUCUGACUUUUUCCAUGUUUAAGUGCUAUGAUUUUGUCCCCAGUGCUUCUAUCAACCUAGAAAAUGUGAAAAAGAUCAACCCAGUAACUUCGUUUUGGGAAACUAUUCUCUACAAGCACAUGAAAAAAUAGAUUGUUGAAAUUUAGCUCUCCUUAUGAUGUCAGAAGGGGAUCUUAUUAUAAUAAUACCACCCCUUAAUCUGCACUAUCCAACCACAGCACUGCCAUUUAGUGCAGAGAAAAAGAGAGAAAAUAAUUCACAGCGCAAUGGUUUGCACUUCAUCCACUCAUUUGCAUUUUAAAGUACACACCCAAAAUGGCACUUUUUUUGCACACCCAAAGUGGCAAUUUUAACAUGCUAUAAUAAAUUAUUUAUAUGACAUUUUGAGCUAUAACUUCACAUAUGUACUCUGGGGACACCAAAGAUUUAUUUGACAUCUUAAAAAAGUCUUGUGACAUGGGCCCUUUAAAUGCUAAAGACAUACCUUCACUUGAAAAUGCAUAUUUUUAUCUUGCCUUAUAUUUUUCAAACUGUUGAUAUUUUUCAGAGUAGCAAGAAUGUGCAGAGGUUUACAUUUAAUAAACAUAUGUAGUAAAACAGUGUAAAAUAGUCUGCGUUACACCAACUUAUGUUGUGCCAUCUUAUUUAUUCCAGGACCAAAAAGUUUGCCUAGUUUAUAAGCUUGUUUGUAAGCUUAAUUUAUUAAUAGGAAAAUCUAGUUAACAUUGGGCGCAUUGUGUUCUUUAAUGUACCUUUUAUAUGUGUCUAUGUAAAGAUUUUAAUAAAGAUUAUUUCUAGGUAA